AAUUCGAGUGGCAAUGGUCGAUGCUUCUUUUUCCGGGAACCGGCGUCCAUUUUCCUUGUUGGCUUGUCUAAAGUUGGCGCGUUCCUCAUUUAUGAAAGGAUUAUUUGUUGUUCUGUGAACCGUUUUCGAUUUAUUACGAAAAAUACGAUGGAAAAAGGAAAAACACUUUCGGCUUGACGAUGGUAUCGGAUGGCGUCUAUAGAGUGAUUUAGAAAUUGGGCAAAUUGUAACCUCGUCUAAAAUUCGGACUACUCAGUCUUUCCUUCUUAUAAAAUAUUGAAUCUUGUCUCGUGCUGGAGUUUUCUUUCUGUUCGAAAGGCAUAUAAAUAAAUGGAGGGUGCUUCAGCUGGUAGAGGUGGCUUCCGUGGUCGUGGUGGCCCAGGAGGUCCCAUGAGAGGACGCGGCGGUUUUGGAGAUAGAGGAAGGGGUGGACCGCCAAGAGGUGGAGGUAUGAUGCGAGGCGGUCGUGGCAGUGGUCCUGGAGGUGGCAUGAGAGGCGGACCGCUUGGAAUGAGGGGCAGGGGAGGUCCUCCAGGAAGGGGUGGACACGGCGGACAUUUUCCUCCUGGAGGUCCCCCAGAACCAGGAAUGUCUAGUGGACCCGGAGGCAGUGGACCACCAGGUCCACCAGGAAUGGGAGGUCCCCCACGAGGUGGUAGCAGAGGUGGAGGAAGUACUGGCUUCCGUGGCAGAGGAAGAGGAGACUUCUCAAGAGGAGAUAGCCGUAGAGGUAGUAGUAAUUUCCGUGGUCGAGGAGGGAUGGACAGAGGCAGUCGAGGAGGAUCCAGGUAUGAUUGGGGAGGAUCUGGUAGGGGUGGACCAGGAGGUAGAGGAGGUUUUGGGGAUCGUGGAAGCAGAGGCGGCAGUGGGCGUGGCGGUCCAUCGAAACGCGGAGGAGGUCCACCAGGUUCCAGUGGACCAUCCAAGAGACCAAGGUUCGAUCAACCAUCUUCUCAACCUGCAAAUGGUUAUGCGACUCAGCCACCUAGUCAAGGUGGAUACGGAGGAGGUACUAGUAAUGCGUAUGGCGGUGGUCAGCAACAGCCGCAACAGCAGCAAGCAGUAGGAUACGGCGGAGGCUAUGGAUCACAAAACUAUACUCAGUCUUCUUACCAAGGCUACGAAAGUUAUCAGCAGCCUCCAGAUUAUGGCCAAACAGCAGGCUAUCCACCAUCGACCGCAGCCGAUAACAGGUAUGGCGGAGCACCUACCGUUCCUGCAACAGGAGCUUUCAGUACUGGUGAUCCCUACAGCUAUGGCAAAGCACCACCAUCAGAUUACUCGAAUCAGGAUGGUGUAUACGGCAAACAGGAUUAUGGUGGCAGUGCUGGUUACCAAAACGCCCAGUCUCAGCGACGUUAUUAAAUUACACAUUCAACUAUUUAAUUUUAUACGUUAGAUAUCCAGACUUUUUUCCAAAUUUAACGAAAAGAAAAAUAUAUAUAUAAAUAUAUAUAGAUAUCAUUCCUGGCGCGUGAAAAGUUGGACAAAUGUUAUUUGUCGUGAAGUAUGUGUACAAGUAUUUUACAUUUAAACAAUUGAACAUACAGUGGUUUUUACCAUAAUGGAGAACAGAAGGGAGCAUGAUCCGCAAUGAUCAGAUAUUUUAUGUUUCCUAUCUUUAUCGCGCGCUCAUGGAGAGAAAAAUUAAUUUAAAUAUUGCGCGUUAGAGCGUAAACGAUCAUUUAUGAUUAUGAUUAAAAGUAUAAAUGACAAGAGCGUUUUAUACUUGACUAGCAACAUAGCAUCUACUUUGUCAUGUUUGACUAAAAUAACUUCGUUUAGGAUUAAGUUUAGUUUGGUGUACAGUCGAGAUAAUCCACGAUUGUAAAAUAUUUAAUAUUAAAUCGAGUACAUACAUAUAUACGUAUAUAUAUAUAUAUAUAUAAAAAUACAUAUUAGUAUAAAUAUAUAUAUAUAUGCAUAUAUAUACACACAUACACUAAUGCCCACACACUACGUACACAUAUAAUUGUCUGCAUUGUAACAGUAAGGUACAAAGAUGUUUACACUAUUUGUAAAGUCGUUAAACAGUUGAUCAUUGUGAACACAGCUCAAUUACCGCUAUGAAUUCUAGGAAUAGAGUAAAACGAAUACUAUCAUAUGUUCUGUAUAAACAAAGAAAAAAAAAUGAGAGAGAGAAAGUAAUUGUAUUUCGUGGUGUAUUUCGUUUACAUAUUAACGUAUGAAUCAAGGAAUUCUAACAUGUAUCGGGUCAUAACACCGUUCAUAACUUGUGCGUUUAUUAGAGCGAUUACCAAUUUUUUGACAUUUUCUGCAAAUUAACAAUAUAACGAUACAAUAAAUCAGUCUUAUUGUUGCGAUUGUUUUCAUUUCGUGUCUUUUUUUUUAUAAUGGAGGAGCAAUUUUGGUGUGAACUGAGCGUAAUACUCUGCUUAGAAGUGACAAGACAAGUGGUAAUAUAUGUUUGUCAGUAUCAUGAAAAUCGAAUUACAUGUUUUAGGAUGGUUCGAAGAGUAUUUCAAUAUAGGGUGAUAUGUAUUAGUAGAAAUGUCACACUGGCAGAGACAAUCAUAAAAUACUCUAGAAGCUGAUCAGAGUAAAUCAUAUGUAUUAAAUUGAAAAAGUAUAUGCAGAGUAAUUGUCCAAAGACAGCAUAAUGUGCAUGAAUAGAUCAAAGUAAUUUGUCCCAGCCAAUUGUGUACAUUAAGGUACAGAACCAUUUGCGUAGGGCAAGCAAUGAAAUCUAUUUCCACUUAUUAUAUCGAUAACUAUCAAAUGAAUCGAAGUGUACUGAAAGUCUCAUUGUCGCAUGAUGUCAUCAGCAUAGUAAUAGUAAAUUGAUUUAGUAUUGUAAGUAAAAUAGUCUAACGAUUGAAAUGAAAACAAACAUUGAAACAAAGAACCAUAAAGAAAAAAAAACAAAAAAAAUUUCAAUA